AUGUCCACUCACCGCGCCGCCUUCCUCGACGGCGUCGCUCAGUCCCUUCGAGCGGGCGCAAUUCCAACACCCACCCCCAGUCCUGGCGAGAUCCUCAUCAGAAACAAGGCCCUCGCCAUCAACCCCAUCGACUGGAAACAGCAAACCUACGGCUUCUACAUCGAUGCCUUCCCAGUCAUUCUCGGGACCGACUCCAGUGGCGUCGUCGCAGCAGUCGGCGAAGGAGUAACGAAGUUCAAAGUCGGCCAGAGGGUCAUCGGCCACGGAAUCACACUCGCGACGAAGAACAAUGCCAACGGCGCGUUCCAGGAGUACACGCUCUGCCCUGAGGGUGCGGUAGCCCCUAUUCCGGACUCUUUGACGUUUGAGGAGGCAUCUGUCCUUCCGCUGGCUGUAUCCACGGCUGCGGCGGGGUUGUUCGAGAAAAACCAUCUCGGACUGGAGUAUCCUGGUGCGCCGGGUGAUCGUUCGGGAAAGACGGUCUUGGUCUGGGGUGGAAGUUCGAGUGUUGGGAGUCUAGCGAUUCAGCUGGCUAAGGCGGCUGGGUACAGAGUUCUGGCCACGAGUUCGGAGAAGAAUUUUGAUUUCGUGGCGAGUUUGGGGGCGACACCAUUUGAUUAUCGCCGGGGAGAUGUUUUUAAGGGUAUUGGGGAGGAGCUGCGCAAGGGGGAAUUUGUUGGGAUCUAUGAUGCCAUCGCCGAAGGAGACACAGGCAAAAUAUGUUCCGAGAUCGCCAAAGAACUUGGAGGCGGCGUCAUUGCAUCUGCUCUCGAUCCUCCUCCUGAGUUGCCCAGUGGCGUGACAGCCCAGAUGAUCUUUGCACCUACUGUGUUCCUGAUGGAGCCAGCAGUUGCUAAAGCCAUCUGGCAGGACUUCCUCCCUCAGGCUUUGGCGGACGGCAGAAUCAAGCCCACGCCCAGGGUAGAUGUGGUUGGUGCCGGUCUCGAGGCCAUCCAAGGAGCCAUGGAGAAGCACAAGCAAGGCGUGUCGGCGAGCAAGAUUGUGGUGUCAUUGUAG